CAGUGUGUACAGUGGCUGAACGACACACCUAUAGCCUAUUUAAGCUAUAUACUACUAUACAAUUGAUACACUUGCUUACAUUGACAUUGACAGUUAUUAACUAAUAAGAUUUUUGGUAUAAAGUAGUUUGAAAUCUUAUAAAAUUUAUAAAAAAUCUAAAAUUCUCAACGAGUGGAUCAAAUUAUUGAAGACUGCAGAAAAAUGAAGGAGCCAAUAUUCCUGACUCUUUUACUCGUGUUUUCAUUAACUGUAUUUGCUCAUGAAUCCGUUGCGAAGCUCAAAGUGUCAGAAAAUAGUACAGUUCAACGGUACGGAAAAAAGACUAAUGGAUUAGACGAAUUGACUUCAUCAAACAAUUCACACAUUUACAAUACGAGUCUUUUGAGUGACUUGUAUACUACAGAGGGACUAAUAGUUGAAUUACUAACUAUAGAGGAUCAGUUUUAUGAUCUCCAUGACAAAGUAUCGUUUAAAAAAAUUUAUGAGUCAUUCUUAAAUAGAUUAUCUCGAUAUUUGAGAAAAAUUGAAAAAGACCCAGAACAAAGUAAAAACAUAAAAGCGUUGCAAUAUUCAUAUGCAAUAGCAGCAACCAAGCUCUAUACAUUGAAUCAUAAUUUUUAUGAAACUGACUUAGAGCUGAACAUCACAAAAUAUUUCACAAUUGUAGUGGAACGUAUGAAAGAGUAUAAAAAUGCUCUUGAAGAAGUCAAUAUGAAUGAAUAUGAACGAAAAUAUAGAGAAAAUAUAGACGUAACUGUAAGAGAAGCAAAUAAUUUUGUUAAAAAUGAUCUUCAGUCAGCUAUUGAUGAAAGUAUUGAAAAGCUCGAUGAAAAUAUUGUCAUGCUGAUAAAUGAAUUGAGCACUAAACGAGAAGUUAACAAUAAAAUAAAAAGCUUAGAAAAAACAAGAUUUAUAUUAAAAGAUCAACUGAUCCUGAAAACAUUAUUUGGUACUUUACAGUUUGUCGGGGCAAGCUUAGCUCUUUUAGGACCAGUUGGUGCUGCAGUGGGUUUUACUAGAGCUGUAGGAAGUACAGUUGACACAAACUUAUUACCAAAACCUAACGGAAUAGUGCGAGUUCAAUUGACUGCAAGUGAUGGUAAAAAUAUACAAAAAAUAUCAGAACAUUUGAAAAAUAAAGGAAAAAUUCUUGGACAGAAAUUGUAUUUAGCAGAACAUGAAAUUGAAGAUUAUAUGAAAGAAGAAGAAGAUAAUUAUUUUGAGGACAUAAAAACAAGUAUAAAAGAAUAUAGCCUUGAAAUAAUGCAAAUAAACUCUAACAAUAAAAAAAUUCUUGACGCUAGUGAUCUUAAAAAAUUAACAAAGUUCGAAAAAAAUGUGUUGAAUUUAAUAAAAAAAGAACGGAAUGUACUCAUUAAUAAACGAUUAACAGUUGAACAAGAAUAUGAAGAAAAUAUCAGAAAUCACAAUCUUUAUAGUGUCGAAUCUGUUGAUAAUUUAUAUAAUUUAAAAAACAAAAUAGGUAAACUAGAAAAUGAUGGUAAAUUACAAAAAGAAAAAGAAACUAUUGAGAACUAUCAUAAGUCAGCUAAGCUCAAAGUCAGUGAAUUAGAAAAUGCAAAAAUAAGUUUUCUUGAAGAAUAUGAAAAGAUAAAAAGACCAGGUGAAGUUAAUAAUCCUGAAUCGUCAGUGAAACUUUCAAGCCUGGGCAAAUCAGCACAAGAAAUAGCUGUAAAUUAUACGAGAAUAUUAAGAGAACUCGAAGAAAAAAAACAAAUCCAAUAUGAAUCUCGUAUGAGAUUAUUAAAUUCUGUUCAUAAUACAGUUAGCAUGGGUGAAUCAGCAUUCGAAGUUUAUAGUAAGACAAAGAAUGAUCAGUCAAAAAUUAAAGCAGUGCUAAAAAUAGAUCAAGCAAGAGUUGAAAUAGAAGAUUUAAGAGAAUAUGAACAAUCUAUUUACGAAACACUUAUUCCUUUUAUUCAGCGACUAGUAUCUAUUUCAUCUGAAAACAAUUUUGAUGAUCAAUCUCAUGUAGAGCUUGAUAUUAAAAAAUGGAAAAUAAAAGAUGCAAUAACAGAUGUACAAAAACAAGUACUAGAUAUGAUUAAAAGAUUUGAUGCACAAAAUCAGUUUGAAUUUUCUAUUGAUCAAGUAAAUUAUGGGAUACAAACUAUGAUUAAAAUGUAUGAUCGUAUACAAGAUGAAAUGGAUAGAAUGGCUUUAGCUAAUUACAUUGCUACUAUUUCUAGAAAUAAUAAAAUAACAAAUGAUCCAAAAAUGAAUGAGAUUAUUGACACGUUAGAAUUGGUACUAAAAGCAAAUAUGGUAUUACACGAAUAUGAACAAGCUAUAAAUGCAUUCAAACAACAUGUGUUUCCAUAUGCAGAGUUUUAUCUUGGUGAAUUUUCAGUAAUGUUAAAAUAUAACAAUCCAGUCUAUUUGAUAAAUAGAUCUAUAGUACAAAUAGAGUCACUUCGAGAAAAAAUGAUACGUUCAACUACUGCACUACAUAGUGAGAGUCAAGCUCAUAUACGAAUUGAUUUGAUUCAAUUAUCUGAACAAAUAUCAACAAUAAAACCUUAUUUUACUUGGAGUCAUAAAUCAUAUAAAGAUCAAAUAUCAAAGUUACUGCAAGGACAAGAAAUAACACUAAGAGCAAGUACUGAACAAUUUGAUAAUCGACAUGCCGUCAUGUUUAACAACAUUGGAGUUUACUUUAAAAUGGAGAAUCUUACUAUGCAGGCAGAGUUUGAUGAAAUAAUAUCUAAUCUUCAUAUAAAUAUGAUCCACCUUGGUGAUUCAUAUUAUCGAUGUGGAAACAAAACGUUUAUUAUGAGUCAGUGUCCACAAACAUUUGAACACAAUGUUAUGCCCAAUCGUGACGGGGAAUUUGAAUCUGGAAAUGUUGUAUAUCAAGUAUUGACUAAAAAUCGUGCAAUACUUAGUCCAUUUACCAUGUGGAAACUGAGUUUUUUUGAUACUGAUGAAUUUAAUUUUGACCAAUUCACUAAAUAUAUUAAUGAAUCAAUUGAUCUUCGACUUGUUGGUACUGGUCAAUACGUUUAUCCUGAGCCUGCUGAGUGUAAAAGCAACCUGGAGGAAUAUUAUAAAUUAGUAUCUACAACAAAUUAAUCUUUAAAAGUUUGGUUUUUUUUUUGACUGAAAUAAUUAAAUUUUGUUUAAUCAAGAUUUUUUUUUUUCUUAUUACAGAACAAUUAUUAUUUUUAAUAAAUAACAUUUCUUCCUUCGAAAAUGUUUUUUUUUUUUUUUUGAAUAAAUAAUUAUUUUGUGAUUAUAAAAAAUGUAUGGAUUUAAAAAGGGCUUAAAAACUAUAUUUAAUAAAAAUAAAUGUUAAAAAAA